AUGGCGGCUGGCCUGGACGUGCACCUGCAUCCCUUAGUCCUCAUCAACAUCUCGGAUCAUGUGGUGAGGUUUCGCAGCGCCAGUCGGUCGGAGCGAGUACUUGGUGCCUUGCUUGGUGCACAGGAGGGCAGGCGCAUAGACGUGCACAACUCCUUCGAGCUUGUGUUGCAGGAGGAAUCUGGUGAGAGGUCCCUCGACCUGGAGUUCUUCCAGCAGCGCCUGGCGCAAUACCUCGAGGUGUUUCCGCGGUACGAAUUCUUGGGAUGGUAUUCCACGGGGCCUCACCCAGAAGAGGCUGACAAGGCCUUGCACAGAAAGAUCCAGGAGGUCGGUGCCAAUGAGAAUCCCUUUGCCCUCCUCAUGGACGCAGACAAGAUGUCGCGAGAGAAGGCUUCGCAGGGAGAGGACUUGCCGGUGAAGGUCUAUGAUGCCACGGUCCACAUCGAGCAGGGUGUAGCCACGGUCACGUGGAACGAGGUGCCGUACAUAAUCGAUACCCUGGAAGCAGAGCGGAUAGCAGUCAACCAUGUGGCCAAGUCUGCGACCACGGCCACAUCAGGCUAUGCCUCCGACUUCACUCAGUACACGUCUGGCUUGUCGAACUCCGUGGUCAUGCUCAGCAAUCGGAUAAAGGAAUUGUUGGAGCACAUGAAGGAGGUGAAGGAAGGACGAGCACCGAAGAAUCCGGAGGUCCUGAGACAAACGCUGUCCAUCUGCCAGGCACUCCAGUCCGUGCAUCCGGCAGCCUUGCAGGAGGAGUUCUGUGGCGAGUACAACGAUGCCACGCUGGUCGUACUCCUGGCGACUCUGACAAAGGUUUGUGCCAACACCUCUGAUCUGCUCGACAAGUUCCAGCUGGCAUAUGACAGGAAACAUCGACCCAGACAUCACUAUCCCUUCGGCUGA